AUUCAAUUCAAUUCUGGAAUCACAACGAAUGUCGCAUCAAUUCUGGCACUUUCUCUGAGAGUUCCUUACUACCUAUAGUUCAUCUAUCUAAUAGAAUCUCAAUCUACAUGACCUCCUAAAAGACGCAUUUCAGCGAAGCCAUCUUCCGACGUUUCUGAUACCUCACGGAAACCGGGUUGCGAACAGAGCUUCAUACAUAAACGACUGGGCUCUAACUUGAUUGAGUCUCAACUGCAUCACAACUCACAACUCACUACACACAACACACAAACGUAUCCACUAUGCGAGGACCUUUGGAUCUUGGCUUCGCCUGGCCAUCUGAACAGAGCAUGACCUCCAUUGCCUUCUCCUCUUAUUCUCCGCUGGCCCUUCGCGAUAUGCCCCAGCCAAGACCAAACGAUGCACCCUCCGACAUAGACACUUCCGUCUUCACAUUCGAAGACGCCUUUGAGGAUCUCCUUGCUGAGUCACAAGGAAAAGAACUACCAGAUAUCAAAUCCCGAUAUGAGCAACGGAAACUCCUCCGAUCAAUGUACCCGGAUGGUGAGCCUGCGUACUUUUGGCUGCACAGGUUGAGAUCGCAGGGUCUCUUGGAAGACUCUGGACCCGCCAAGCUUGUGAAAUCGCUUGCGAACAAUAAUUGGGACCAACUACACGAAGAGUUAGACCGCAGGGCUCAAGAGGUAUGGCGCGCUGCUUUUGGCGAGGAUGAAAAGAACGAUACCUUGAGAGAGACUAAGCGAGAACAUGCUCUGAGUAGUGAAGAACGCAAUGAAGAGAGAAGUUGUUGGGAAAGAGAAAAUUCAGCUGAGUAUGAAAUUGAGGAUCUCCGUGCAGAGCUUCAUGGACACCGCAACCUGCGCAGAGUACCGAACGACUUUGAUGAGCUUUUCUCUGCCAUUCAGUCAUCCUUUGCUAGCGACCGAUCGCCCUGGGAUUCGUUUAUGAAGCUGAUUACCGAGGACCACCCUACGGCACCUUCUAGCAGUGAAGACAAGCAGCUGCAGAAGCCUGGAAGUGAUGAGAAGCAGGUCGUUACUAAGGACGAAUACGUAGAUCGAUUCGGCUACCUACACACAAAGACGUUGGUCAAGACACUGGAUGGGAACGGCAAUGAGAUUGGAAGCCACAGCCAUUAUACCGUUCGACCUGCCCCAAAGGAUAAUGAACAUGCACAGAUCGGGGAUAAGGAUAAGGAUAAGGAUGGUCAGGAGUCUGGCACCAAGGUGGAUGGAACUGCAAAAGCAAAGACUGGUUGGCUCUGGAAAUAAUGACUUUGCACUCAGAAUGCGAUGGAGGAGCUGAAGUAGAAUUAGCUCUCAGCUCAAUGAUGUAUGAUUUGGAAAAUGUAAUAUUACAACGACAAAAGAAGUUUCGACAUUAUGCUCUUCCA